AUGAAUGACAAGAUUCCAGAGGUGCUCCCGGUGACAGCAGGCAAAUUCCGAGCGAUGCUUCCAUUAGCCGACCGCUUGACCACAUUCUCAAGUUGGGUGUUCAUUUGCGGCGCACUUAUUGUUUUUGUUCUCUGGCUGUCUGAUCGGACAGAUGUACCUUUUAUUCACCAUCUUCCUUCUGUUCCAGGCCUCCCAAUAGUGGGGAACCUCCUCCAGCUAGGUACGGAGCAGCCACGACGUUUAGCAGAGUUGUCAAAGAAGUAUGGGCCCGUAUUCCAGCGAUUCGUUGUUGCAAACAGCUUCGAGUCGAUCAAGCAACUCUGGAUCAACAACCAAUCUAGUCUGAUAUCUCGGCCUACAUUGCACACAUUUCAUAACGUUCUUUCAUCUUCGCAAGGCUUCACCAUCGGAACCUCCCCAUGGGACGAGUCUUGUAAGCGACGACGGAAAGUUGCUGCGGCUGCAUUGAAUCGGCCGUCUGUUGUCGGCUACAUGCCUCUUGUUGACUUGGAAUCCUGUGUCAGUAUCAAAGAACUGGUGCAGCAACUAGGUAACACUGAAGCCCAGGUGGAUCUCGACCCUUAUCCGUUGUUUCAACGACUUGCUCUCAACCUCAGCUUGACUCUUGGCUAUGGAUUUCGCAUCGAUGGCUCCGUUGACAACGAGCUCUUGCGAGAGAUCAUCACUGUGGAACGCGGAAUUAGCACCCUCCGGAGCACAAGCAACAACUGGCAGGACUUUGUACCGUUGUUGAGGUUUUUUUCCAGAAGAACCAACGAAGCAUCAGAUCUUCGGCGCCGGCGGGAUGUGUAUCUCGAAUACUUGUUGCAGAAGCUCAAGGACAGGAUUGCAAUGGGACAUCAUGUUUCCUGUAUCACAGGCAAAGUCCUGCAAGAUCCCGAAUGCAAGCUCACCCAUGCAGAAAUAAAAUCGCUCUGUGUGACGAUGAUCGCAGGGGGCCUCGACACCACGCCCGCUUGUCUUUUACUCGGUAUUGCCAUUCUUUCAGGCCCCCAAGGUGCCUUGCUUCAGAAAAGACUCCUCGACGACGUUCACAAGGUAUAUGGACAAGGAAAGGCCUGGGCAAAGUGCCUCGAGGACGAAAAAUGCGAGUAUGUGAAAGCCUUUUGCAAAGAGGUGCUCCGCUUUUGGACCGUCAUCCCCAUGUCUCUGCCCCGCCUAAGCAUCAAAGACGUCGUGUGGCAAGGUGCGAUCAUUCCUGCUGGUACUACAUUCCUUAUGAACGCUUGGGCGGCGGACUUUGAUCCUGAUCGUUUCAAGUGUCCCCAAGAAUUCAGCCCCGAGCGAUUCCUGGACAUUGCAGAAGGGUCAGGGACGGAACACUUUGCCUUCGGAGCGGGCUCGCGCAUGUGUACAGGAUCGCAUUUGGCGUACAGGGAGAUGUAUGUCACAUUUAUACGCAUGCUUCUUGCAUUCGAAGUGCUGCCUGCCACCGACCCAGGCCAAAGACCGAUCUUGACGGGUCCCCUCGAGUGCAACGCCAACCCAUCGGGACUGUCCAUUGAGCCAAAGGCAUUUAAGAUCGGGUUUCGCGUGCGAGACGACGCGUGUCUUGAGAAGUGGUUCGAGGAAACCGAGAACGCGACAAAGCACAUCGAUGGAUAG